AUGGCAGAGCCAUCUAUGCGCGAACCGCUGGACCCCAAGAAAUACUACGAAGGCAUCCAGGGGCAUCAAGGAUCUCUCCGCGACAAAUUCAACGAUAUCGAUGAUCCAGCCUAUUUCCGACAGUACAUGCACCUGCUGAAGGAACCGGAGACGCAGAACUUUGUUCUGGACUUUGGCAACGAAGACGCCUACUGUGCAACCGAUUUAGUCACCGAGGACUUUAAAGCUUUACUAAGUCCACCACGAUCCAAAUGUUUUGGCACACGAUGGAUUCACCUAUGGGCCCCAGAAGAACAAACCGAAGCUAUCAAGGGGAUCAUGUCCUUCUACGGUGUGUCCGAGCGACUCCAAGGAUUGAUGUGCACCGCGCCUGUCAUACGUCCACCGGCAGGCACGACACAGCCGAAGAAGAGACGAUCACGAACCCGCGAUUUGGACUUGGAUCUCGACCCUGAUGAUAUCGAGAACACAAUUGCUCUGAAAAAUAUACACGACCAAGACGGCCUUCAUGAUACCGCCUCAUUCAAGCACCUCACUUUUUCCCAAGUCACCAACCAGAUCUGGCAUUUUUCAUCAGUCGAUCACGGACCCCGAUACACCUGCAUCGGCUAUAAUACCGUAUUUGUGACCCCCAACGUACCUAAGGAAAUGAACGAGAAUGGGAGAGACUUGCCCGAGGGCAGACGACUCUGGAACUGGUUAAUUCUAUGUGACGACGGCACGGUCAUUUCCAUGCAGGAAAACCCUUUUCCCCGGCAGAAGGAAGCGCUGCUGCCGGAUCAGAUCAAAACCCUGGAUGUUGUACGCCGGAAUGUCCGAUUCAUCGUCUCGGGGGUAUCGAAGCAGCAUUUGACCAUGUCGGAGAGCGAUUCCCUCGUGACCAUUCGAGUCCGUCAUUUCAACAAUGUCGGACCCGACCAAGCAAAUAUUAAACAAGAAGAUGGUCCAAGCUUGCUCUACUACUAUAUCUUUGAUGACUGGGUCUCGAGUUAUGGUCUGAUUGCAAAGCGAGAGCAUAAAUACGGCGUUGCGCUUGAAGAAUUAAGAGGCCAGAUGCUUGAUCGGCCGAUUGUGGAACUGGUCAAUAAGCUCCACUGGCUGGGUCGACGGCUAGCGGUCCUAAAGCGACUCUACCAGAGCUACGAACUCAUCAUGCGGCGCGUCUUACAGCGCCAGCGAGUCCUCCGCGACGAGGCUCGCUCGGCGCAUCCACAACCACUGGACUUUGGCGCCACAUUUGGAGAUAUGGAGUUCGCUGACAUGCGACAGGGAAGCUUGGUCAGUAACGGCAGCUUUCCAGAAACCAAAGACAAGAUGGUGGGAGUGAUCUUGAGCUCAGCUGCGGUGGCAAGAUUUGAGAGACUCGUCGACCGCAUCAACUUGUACUGUUUGAGUGAGAUUGAUUCAUGUUUAUUGGAAAAGGAAUCCUUGACAUUUUUACAGAACUUUAAUCUGAUCGCCUUGAAAGACUCACAAGCCGUGGAAAAACUCACCCGCAUCACAAUUCUCUUGGCCAAAGCGACCAUGUUAUUCUUGCCAGUCAGCCUGAUGACGGCCUACUUCUCCACCGAGCUGCAAGGGGUGAAAGGGGGCUAUACAAAGGUGGAUUACUGGGUUAGCUUUGCGGUGAUCUUCUUCUUGACCCUGGUACUUCUAACGGUCUUUGGCUUUGCCAGUAAUACCGUGGAGGGAAAAACGAUCUACAGAUCCCUGGUCAAGAGUUUUUUCCGUUCUUCGCGAGAGAGGAUCUCAAAGCCGCGAAGAAAGCAACAGGAUGAUAAAUAA